AUGCGCGAGAAGAUAAAUAUUUACAAGGACGCAGAACGUUUGAAAGCAAUCGCAGUGGACGAGUACGACAAGGCAACCGAGGAGGAUCUACCGAAAGGACCGUCGCUGGCUGAGAUGUUGGAUGAUUUGGAUAUUAACGCUGAUGUAGAAAUGGCUGAGGAAUGA